AUGGGACCGCGAAAGCGCAGCCGCUCCGAGGCGAUCGCUGCCCCCGAGGUGCAGCCCGUGGAGGAGCCUGGACUGCUCCAGCGCAUCCGAAACAGCUGGGAAUUUGCCAACGUUAUGCAGUACAUCCAUAUCUUUGGACAGAUCAUGAAAAUUGAAGAGGAGUUUGGAAUCGAGGACCUAGAGGAUGAAUGCCUCAAGCCCGAGCCUUCGCACAAAUUACUUGAGAUCGGACUUUGCAUGCUGAAGUGGAUUUCGUCGCAUCGCGGCUUAACGGGUGGGCUGACGGUGCAAUGCAGGUUCGAGAACUUUGAUGAGUACACCCGACGCCAGUACAAUGCAAAGGCUCCCCACCUCCCCAAUCCGUUCGGAUACGAGGAGGAGCCACUUCGGUUCCUCGAUUUUGAUGUAUUUUUGAAACUGGGCGUCCUCCACCAGCUGUCGGUAUGGACCUUCUGGAACCCGGAUCGCAUCCGCGAGAAGAUGCCCGAGAAGAAGGACUCCGAGCAGUUACAGUGGGCAAGUUGCAUUCUCUCCAUUCGCUACGAUGACCAUGUUCGCAUCGAAGAAUUUGGAUAUGACCGCGAUGGUCGAUCCUAUUACGUACUAGACGACAACCGUCUCUACCGCCGCACCGACCCUCCCAUUCCCGCGUCUCAACGACCUAAGAAGAAACCCAAGAGCAGGUCCUCUCGGGGAUCCCGGGCGUCAAGGAGAGUCUCUGGUAUCGCCGCGGAAGAAGCAUCCGAUGGGGAGAACAAAAACGAGGACGAGACCAACGUCUUUCCUAAUUUCAAAUGGGAGUGUGUCGCUGUCACCCUCCCAGAGUACAAUGAGUUCCUGGACACAAUUCGGAAGAGCAAGGAUGCCGACGACAAAUAUCUGCGUAGCCAGAUCGAGGAGCACAUUUUGCCCUUGUUGGAAAAGGCCGAAGAGGCGCAACAGCGCAAGCGUAUCAAGCGCGAGAAGGAGCUUGUCCAGAUGCAGAUGCUUGCCGGAGCCAAACGGUCUAGUCGACUUGCUGCCAAAGAAGAGAAGGAGCGGGCUGAUCGCGAUGCUGCCGAUGCUGCUCGGAAGCGGGAGGCGGAUUUAGCUGAAGCUCGCAAGGAGCAGGCACGACAACAACAAAUGGAGCAUGAGCGUAAAUCCCGCAUGUUGACCCGCGAGCAGCGCAUCAAGGAUCGCGAGCACAAGCGUAUCCUACACGAAGCUGAGCUUGAACGCAUUGCUGCCGAGCAAGAGAGGCUGGAACGCGGCGAGGGAAGAGUCUCUGCGCGGAAUCUCAAGGCUGAGAUGGAAAAAUCACAGAAGAACUUGGCGGAUCUUACUCAGGAGGACCAAUGGAUUUUCGACUGUUCUGGCUGUGGUGUACACGGGGAGAAUUUGGAUGAUGGAAGUCAUAGCGUUGCAUGCGAGAAGUGCAAUGUUUGGCAGCAUAGCAGCUGUCUUGGUAUCAAAAAGGCAGAUGCCGAGAAGGAUGAUUUCCACUUCGUCUGCGCUGACUGCAAGCGGAAGGAGGAGGAAGCCAAACGUCCCAAAAUCCCACCAUUGAAGUUCCGAGUCAGCGCAUCCGCAUCACCAUCCGCAGCUCCAGCUGGUCAUAAGGCCAAACAUGAAGGUCAUGAGCGGGUUCCGCCUUCUCCGGUGAAGCACACUCACAAUGCUCUGUUUAAUAUUCAAGACGGGCCUGUUCCUGCGAAGCCCAGCAACCCGUCUAUGCUUCCUUCACUCACUUCGCACCACCAGCAAUUUGCCCAAGGGCAAAGCCAAUUCUACGUUCCUCUAUCGCCUCAGCGUCUUCCUCACCCUGCAAACCAUUCUCCUCUUCCGUCCUCGAGCCCUCCUCGCCCACCAUUCUCACCUUCAAAGGGCUCAAAUGGCCCGACUCAGCCGGCCACAAAUCUCCAACACAGAUUUGGACCGGGUCCUGGUCAGCACAUCUUGCCCCCUAUGCAGCCUGGGCCUCAUCUCCCGCCGAUUGGAUCUUUCCAUUCCGCGCGACCUUCUUCCUCUCACUCUGGAUAUGGCCCAACCCAGAACCAGCCCUCUAUGUCACCUACGCAGGGCAACCCUGACGUCGGGCCCCUAGCCGGAUUCCCGUCUGGGGCCUCGACCAACGGACCAGGCCCGUGGACGUCAUUUGAUAGCUACGCCACCCCGCGUCCUCAAUCUGGUCAUGGAGGCACACCUGCCAUGUCCAGCAACUAUCCAUCUUUCAACUCUACUGCAAACUCGAAUGGUUACCAUUCGUCCCCGCCUCACAGCUCGCACGGCAUGAGCAUGUCUGGAAUUAGCCCGACCAAGCAGUCCCCUCGUCCCAUCACCGCAGGUGGCAUGGCUGGUGCUCCGGUGCUUCCUCCUAUUCGCAGACUGGAGCCAAGUCCCAAGCUGAUGGGCCGAAGCUCGCCUGAUGCACCGAUCCCGGCGCCGAUGAAGUGCAUGACUCCCGAGCAAGAAGAACGUCGCCAGCGGGAGAACGCGUCUCUGCUCCAGCAUGGUCAGUCCUUCUCGGCCAAUGGCCAGUCGGCUCUGAUGUCAUCUCCAUCCAUGAACCGUAUUCCUCCGCUGGGCCCGGCUGCUCAUGCCCAGCACCCCGAGCCCGUUCCAUCACCUCAGCACGGUGGACACGUGCCCAGACAAUGA